UUGUACGAUGUCGGAAAGUGUUGCUCUUCGAUGGUAUUGUUGGUUCUUCCGAUUUCGGAAUUACUUAAGCAUUUCUACAUCAAAUAUGCCUUCCGAUUGGACAGUAGUGCGAAAAAUGAUCACAACAUCACUUCCGGAAGACUGUUUUCGAGCAAGAGCAAAGCCGUUCGUAUUCAAUGGAAACAAUUGUUUCACUCAACACUGCUUAUUGCCUUGGCUGUGUUGUUCUUCGGAUUCGUUUGUCUGGUUCUUGGAGCACCGCUUCUGCAAUACGAAGAAACACUUUCCCUGUCCUUCACAUUAACUACAGUGACGAUCUUCCCAAUUAUGCUGCUAAUUGGACAUUCGUUAACAUAUAAACUGCUGCUAUCGGAAUCGCUCGAGCUGAAGUGUAUCGUCGCAAACAGCUACCUUAACAUGCUCAAAAAUAACUGCAUUGGAGUGAUCGUGGGAGCAUGGGGUGCGUCCGUAGCUGCUCCGCUGGACUGGGAUCGACCGUGGCAGGUCUAUCCUAUACCGAACGUUGUUGGCUGCAUCGUUGGAUUGUUCGGUAUGAAUCUACUCACUCUGCUCAGAACUGCGUAUGUUAGUUUCACGCAGCGGCGGAUCAAAAAGUUGUAAGAACGCCUGAU